AUGGAGGAGAGGGAGAAGCUGUGUCGGCAGAUCCGCCUGCUGCAGGGUCUCAUAAAUGACCAUAAAAACACCCACGGGGAUGCACCACGGCCACCUCCAUCCACACUCCCACGAUGGACCAACCCUCGCCAACCUCCCUUCUCCAGGAGGGGGACGUUUUCCACUAGGUACCCCCAACAAGCUCCCAGGGAUUUCCAACCCCAGCAGAGUCACUCCUGGAAGAAAAAAUAUUCCCUUGUCAACCAUCCACCAGGAUCCGUGUGCGAUGGUGGAAGUGGUGGAAGCGCCAGCACCUCUCGAGUGUUUGGAAGCUUUGAGGACAACCAAGCACCUGAGCUAGCAGAGUCCUCAUCUCCAGAGAGACACGUGGACCUAACCAGGGAUGGCAACAUCGUUGUGGGGAUCCAGCUGCCACAGAGGGCUGGUCCUUUUGUGAAGACAGAAGGUUUUGCUAAUGGGGGUUCUUGCUGCGAGUUUUCUGGGCUGCAGACAGUGGUUGGUGCUGCCGGUGGUGAUGGUAGAAACAUGCCAAAACCUCUGUCCAGGAGCCAAAAUGAGGAGAGAAGGCCUUCUCUCUCCGUUUCCUUCAGUUCCUCUCAGCGCUUCGCUCACCUGCCUGGUGACAGCUCCUUUGUCACCUGUGGAAGCAGCAGUGAAAACGCUGUCACGCUGAAGUCGGAGCCACAGCAGCAUCCUGUGGCCGUGCCAGGGCAUGCUCCACCAUCUGGGCACCUGGGCAGGAGACAGGCAGAACCUCCAGCCUCUGGUCAGCCCAGUUGUGAGCAGGUCAGGGGUGGUUUCAGAGAACCGAAGCUCUUUGGAAGUGGUGAGAUAGGCUCUAGAGGUCCUCAGGCUGCCAAUUUGGUGGUUGGGAUGACUGCAGCUAAGAGCAGGUUUUCUGUAGCCCCCAAAGCCCCCAGUCUCCAAAGAGCUGCCUCAACAUCCAUCUCCAGCAAAUCUCCAAAGUUCAGGAAAACUAAUUACACCUGGGUUGCCAACCCUGGGAAGUGCUCUCGUGUUGUGAAGAGAUGGGCCAGCCCUAGAGCUUUGGAAAGCACAAAGAAGGUCGUUGGUGGAGCUGACAGAGGUACUAAGGUGUCACCAAAAGCAGAUCUGGGGACAAAGCUGAAGAAAUCGGGGCUGCAGUCCAAAGUGGGUGUUUCUCCCAGCAAAUAUAAGUGGAAAGCCUCCAGCCUGCAGACCUUGCCCUCUACCUCCAAGUCUGCAUUCAGGUGGAGAUCAGAGGAUCAGAAAAAGCCUCCAGCUUCCAACCUCCCUCGAGCUGGGGCUGCUCCACCACCUCCCAGUACAGCAGCUGGUGGUCUUGGUGGGGCCAGGUCCUUUGGUGAUGCCACACUCUCCAGUUACAAAGUGAAGAGUCGGACCAAAAUCAUCAAGAAGAAAGGGAACUUGGGUUCUGCAACAGAUAAGAAGAACAUCACUUCCUCCACACUUCCUGAAAGGUCACUCAGGAAGAAAAACUUGAAGGGGAAAACUUCUGUGACACCAAAACGUUCCUCACCCAAGGGCCUGGUGCAGAUCACCAAGCACAGGCUCUGCAGGCUGCCGGCCACCAGGAUGCAGGUCUCCACCAAGGAAGGAGCCAACCUGAACUUCAUCAGGAGCCCCAGGGUGAUAAAGACACGCUACAGGAUAGUGAAGAAGAAUGUGGUGUCUCCAGCUUUAUCAUCCUUCAGCAGCCCUGUUUCCACCUGGAAGACGAGGAUCCCUUUGUCACCCAGGUCCCUCCUCUUGAGCCAAGCACGCCCAUCACCUCAAGGUGGCAAGUCCCAGCAUGUGCAGCAGAGGUGGAGGAGCAAAGGCUACCGCUGCAUCGGUGGGGUGAUGUACAGAGUGUCAGCAAACAAACUCUCCAAGACAUCCAACACCCCUGGUCGGGCCAGAGACCUGAGCACCAAGAGCCCUGGCAGAGCAGCAGGGAGGUCACACUGCAUGCCCAGUCCUGGCUUCUCUCCAUCCAGCUGCCUGAACAGAUCAGCUACGAGCCGGUACAUCGCCAGCCGCGCGGUCCAGCGGAGCUUGGCCAUCAUCCGCCAGGCCAAGCAGAAGAAGCAGAAGAAGGAGUACUGCAUGUACUACAACCGCUUCGGCAAGUGCAACCGUGGCGACAGCUGCCCCUACAUCCACGACCCGGAGAAGGUGGCCGUCUGCACCAGGUUUCUCCGUGGCACAUGCAAGAAGACAGAUGGGACCUGUUCAUUUUCCCACAAGGUGUCCAAAGACAAGAUGCCGGUGUGCUCAUACUUCUUGAAGGGCAUUUGCAGCAACAGCAACUGUCCCUACAGCCAUGUCUACGUCUCCAGGAAGGCAGAAGUGUGCCAAGAUUUCCUCAAAGGCUAUUGUCCCAUGGGUGAGAAGUGCAAGAAGAAGCACACACUGGUGUGCCCUGACUUUGCCAAGAAAGGUGUCUGCCCCAGAGGUGCCAAGUGCAAGCUGCUGCACCCGCAGAAGAGACGGCACCCGAGAGAGGCAGAGGAUGGAGACCGCAGCGACCCUCCCUCCAAGUGGAGACGGGUCCCGGAGGAGACAGGCAGGGAUGAUUCAGCUCAGCUCCAUGACGAUGGGGAAAUUCCUGGACCCUCCAGCACAGAGGAAGAAGUGAAGUUUUGGAAGGCAGCCAACACCUCACCAACCAGCUGGCUGCAAAAGCUGCCAUCCUUCAUCUCCCUCCAGUCCCCAGCGUCCUCCAGUGACCAGGGCUGCAAACUGGAGAAGGACGAGGAAGACUUUGAGGAUGAGCCAGGUAGCACCAAAAGGAAGAGGACUUUGCCACCAGCAUCCUCCCAGGACUCUGAAAACCCCCAUCUGGAAGAGGGUGGCAAAGCUGCCCGGCGGUGGCGGCAGCGCCGAGCAAGGGGCAGGGUGCGGGCAGGGGUCCGGACCCCGCCCCCGGGCACCGUGCCCGUGGGGAGGAGGAGGAAGAAGAAAAAGAGGAGGAGGGCAGAAGAAGGCUCCCAGUCCGGGGAGCAGAGUCCCCGAGCCGACAAAGCCCCAGCGGAAGCUCUCGGAGCCCGGUUAAACCUCGCAGCAAAGGUCCGUCGGAGGCUCCGAGAGCCGGACUGCAUCUCACAGCAAAGCCGCAUCGGAAAGUCCCACUUGCACGCUGCAGAAUAG